AUGGAAUUAUGGAACUUUUCAAAGAGUGACAGUAUCGAUGUAGAGUCAAUGUCCAACUCCAGUAGCGUUAUUCUCAAAGAAGGGAAUGCUACAAGGGAUGGUGGAAAGGAACAAGGUCAUUUGAAUCUGGUGAUGUAUGUGGCCUACACCAUCACAUUUCUAUCAUCUUUAUUCGGCAACUCAGUUAUCAUUUAUAUCAUUCGAACAGAUAACUCCUUGAAGACCACGACAAAUUAUCUGGUUAUGAACCAAGCAUGUGUCGAUAUUUUCAUAACAUUGUCUGAGCCAGUGAAUUUCCUUUAUCACAGUUUCACAGGCAGCCUAUGGCUUAGGGGCGUUAUAGGUUUAAUAACUUGCAAGGUGUAUAUGACGUCUGUAUACUCAUUGCCUGACUUUUCAGUGUGGAUCCUUGCAGUGAUUGCUGUUGACCGCUUUUACGCAGUAGUUCUUCCUUUAAGAAAGUCACCUGUAUCUCAGCAUUUAAAGAAAAUCAUGUUUAUUCUCUGGUUAUGGUCUCUCGCUUGGUCGGUACCCAUCGUUAUCGGUGAGAACUUUAUAAAAGUUGGACAAUCCUAUUAUUGCGAUUUAUAUCGUCUUGUAAAUAAGUGGACCAUCCUUAACGAUAUACAUCUCGCUGUGGGUGUCUUGUUACCUUUUCUAGUAAUAGUCUGUCUUUACACGGCAGUGUGCUACAAACUUUGGUCACGUAAAGUGCCAGGAGAAGGAGCCAAUCAGAUCGAGGCUCAGAGAAUAGCAAAAAGAGUCACCGUAAUGAUGAUUGCAGUGGUAGUAUUGUACGCCUUUUGCUGGUUCACUUUGUUUACAUUUUUCUUCUUAAAUUCUCACCAUUAUCUACAGUUAAAUGGAAUACUACUUUUCUUGGUUAUGUGGCUACCAUCUCUCUUCAGUGGCCUCAAUCCUUACGUUUACCUCACAUUUAGUCAAAAUUUUCGCAAGGCCUGUAAAAAGAUAUUGUCAAAUUGCCGUUUCCCACCUCAAGACACACAUAUUUCUGUUUGUUCACAACACAUAGAACUAAAACAGAGGUAA